ACAAAUGGUCUAAACACAUUAACACCGUGUCCUAGCCUGUGGGUAUUGUGUACAGUCUUUCAUUGCAUUGAAAACCAGUGACAUUUUGUGACAAGAGAAGUUCUGACCCACAACAUUUCAUUUUGUUUCCCCAUUCAAGAGGAGCCAUAGACUAGACAAUCAUCAUGACUUCUGUGGCAUUUGGAGGAGGGCCCACGCUCGAGCAGAGGAGAGCCUUUGCGGGUUUGAAAGAUGGGACUCAUGUGCCUGGGUACCGUGGCUACUGCCCCCAGAUCAAAUACAGAAUGGGGAAAACAUAUGGACAGGAUACUCAUGAACUCGCUCAGGGUCGGCGUCCAUACUCAACGCCGUCUACGGCAGCAUCAGAACCAGUGAGACAUGAAGUGUUUAGAUCAACCCUCCACCUCCAACCCUCUGAUCCCGUCCGCCCCAGAAAUGUCCACCCCAUCCUGCAUGAAGCCCCCGAGGCCACUGGAGAUAACAAAUACGUCCGUCGCAUGGUGCCAGGUUACACAGGUUACGUUCCCACAAUGCCCUUCAGAUAUGGUGGCACGUAUAAAGUCAUGUGUGACCAGGCCAUCGAUCAAUACACGACCGCCAUGAACCAGAAUGACGGCAAGGAAGCUGAUCUUGCCACGAGUAAAUCAGCACAGCCACGAUUGCAGCCAAUCGCCUUUGAUCCCGAAAUCAAGCAAAAACUUGAUCAUUACCGAGAUACACAUCCAACGCCAUCAACGCUACUCGAGGCCAAACGAGAAUUUCUUGAACCUCCAAUCCCUGGUUACCAAGGUUACAUCCCCAAGUUAAAGCCGACUGAAUGUGGUCUUGGCGGUCGCUAUCACAGGACAACAGGAAGGAGUCUCCAGGCUUUCAAAAAUGAAAACACAAGUCACUUUGAAAUUCUACAGAAGCCUGUUAUAAUCAAUUCAAGCUAUCCCGACAGUGCAGCAUUCGAAGGUGACAACAGUCGACGACUCUACCAGAACGAUGGUAUGAUCCCCAAAUACACUGGAUAUCUUCCACAACGUCGCUUUGUCUUUGGGAAUACCUAUGGUGACACCACCCGAGGACUCCCGGUCUGCCGCCAUGAGCUUCCAAGCUACGGCGAUCACGUCCGUGGCAAUGGACGCGUCAUUGCAAGUGCUUACCUUUAAGUUUGCAGGGCAUAGUUUCAACCAGAAGGGAAAUGGGGACAAGGUUGGGUAAACAUCUUAUUGGCUCAUUCCUGACUGGCAGGGAUUGCCCUUGUUCGAGUCGAGGGUUUCAAAAAGUCAUGAUGCGUCCCUCAUAUUUAUAUCUGGAGAAACCUAGUUAUACUAUAGUUUGUAAACUGCUGUUUGUGGUACUUGACCUGACCCAGUGUAGGUUACACUAUAAGCAGUGUGGUGAAAUUGAUGUGUACAUGUGACCUUCAUGUCCUUCAAAACAUUCCAUAUGACAUUUGUAAAGUUUGGAAGGGUGUAUUGUCACUCAAUGAUGUCGCAUAUAGUGAGAGCCUCUGUCAGUAAGAAGAAUGUGUUAAAUGAAGACUUCUUUUGACGGUUGUACGUCUGAGACUCAUGGAACACAGCAAAGAGGAAUGUUUUCUACAGAAUUUUGUACAUUUAUUAUGUAUUUAUAUUGUCAUAAAAUUAGUCAGGAGCCACCACAAUUACUGACAUAGAGUUGAUAAAGCACAACUAUUCAUUUGAUUGCUAAUUAUUCAUUUGUUACGCCUUAAAUAACUGUGAUAUGAUCAUUUCCUACGGUGUUUACUUUCAAUCUGAUUUAGCUUGAAUCUUUGAUCAUUGGUGUCAGCUGAGUGGCAGGCCCUUGAGCCUCUUGUUAGGACCGAUGUCAUUGUCCCGUGUUGUGAUGAUAAAUAUGUUCAUGUGACAUUUCUCAUUGUAAUAUACAUGUACAUGCACAUGUAUUGGGUCACUUUUACUUUGCUGCACAGACACAAAUAGCUGAUGUUAAUAAUGUUAUGCUGAAGAAAUACGAUAAGUUGUAUGAUUAUGAUAUGUAACUCAAUCUAUCCUGAUAGUCAUAAUCAUGAUAUCAUGACAAAAAUACACAGUUUUAAGUGUAUUGAAUGAAAUUGUAUACUAUUGUUUGAUCAUAAUUGAAAUUCUAUUCUGUUUACAUCGUAACAUUUCUGUUGUAGUGCCAAAUAUCAACUGUAGCCAAACAAUGAAAUUGUGAAAAAGAUAAUUUCAGUGUCUGUCUGUUGUCUUCACCUCACUCUCAGCUCAUCCUCUGAGUGCUGAAACAAUUGGGUAACUCAAACUGUUGUUAAUGCAGACUACUGUAAACUCAGCCAGGAGACGUCCCACCUUUAUGGUAUUGUGGUCUGUGUUACUACAUAGUUUACACCAUUUCAGUCCCCUGGGGGUAACUGACACUGAUAACUUUCAUAUUUUGGUUAUUAAAUAUAUUUGAUAGGCUGCUGUAGUUGAAGAAUCAGUCCCAUUGUAAAUUGUCUAUUUCUGGACUUUUUUAGCAAAAUACAAAAACUGUGAUCUUUUAGUGUCAAUAAAUUUUCAUUUGUUGUCA